AUGCGUGUUUCCACGGAGAAACUGCAUAUUUCUACGGAGAAAAGGCUGUCCGUGACAGAACAACGGCAAUAUUCCACGGAGAAGUUUGAUUUCCAUGGAAUAACAACACAUUUGUACGGAGAAGGUGUAUGCAAGUUUCUACGGUGAAGGGUUGGCCCGUAUGGGCCACCGUGUCUUUGGAAUCUUAUGUGGAUGAUUCGAAAAUCUAUCUGGCAUUUCCAAUUCAGGAUAUUGAAACUGCUGCGUUUAAACUUACACAAGAUAUGGAAAGAAUUACCGCAUGGUGCUGUAUAAAUAGUCUGCUAGUGAAUCCAAAGAAAACGAAACUUCUAUUACUGGGUACAAGUCAAAUGCUGAAAAAACUCUCUGGCACAGAUUUCCAUAUAACUGUUCUUGGUGAGAAAAUAAUCCCACUUCAGACGGUUUAA